AGGGGAGCCCACCGCCGGCGUCCCCAGCAGCAUGCAGAGCUGCGCCGCUCGCCUCCGGCCACCAUGUACGUGAGCUACCUGCUGGACAAAGAGGGGCCCUCCAUGUACCCGGGCGCCGUGCGCCACGCCGGGGGGCUCAACCUGGCCGCCGCCGCCGCGCAGAACUUCGUGGGCGGCCCGCAGUACUCGGACUACAGCGCCUACCAUGUGCCCGCUGGCCUGGGGCUGGACAACGCGCAGUCGCCGGGCUCGCCCUGGCCCACCACCUACGGCGCGCCCCUCCGCGACGACUGGAACGGCUACGGGCAGGGAGCAGCGGCAGGGGCGGGGGCGGCCAACGCGUUGCAUGGGCCUGCAGCUGCAGCCGCCGGCUUGGCCUACAGCCCGGCCGGGGACUACCACGCGCACCCCCACCACCCCCCCAGGGGGCCGCCCGCGCCGCCCUGCGGGGUGCCCCCUCCCGGCGGGGCCCUCCUGCAACCUCUCAACCCGCCGCCCGGCGCCGAGCAGCUCUCCCCUGGCUGCCAGCGGCGGAACCUCUGCGAGUGGAUGAGGAAGCCGGCGCCAGGAGGACCCGUGAAAACCCGGACGAAAGACAAAUAUCGUGUGGUCUAUACAGACCACCAGCGCCUGGAGCUGGAGAAGGAGUUUCACUACAGUCGCUACAUCACCAUCCGAAGGAAAGCGGAGCUGGCAGCCACACUCGGAUUAUCAGAGAGACAGGUAAAGAUCUGGUUUCAGAACAGGAGGGCAAAGGAGAGAAAGAUCAACAAGAAGAAGUUGCAGCAAUCUCAACCAGGCGGUGUGCACAGCGGAUCAGAACCCAUGAGCCCAGUCUCCUCGAUGCAACCAGGGACAACCACUUCAGGCCCCAAUGGAGGUGUGUUGGGCACCACUGGCCUAGCACCGCCCACUGCACAGUGACAGCCAAUGGGACAAAAGACUGAGCAGCUGGCGAUCCCUG